UUGACAUUUCUUAUCAUUAUGCUUUGUUGUGUUUGGAAUAACAUAUGUCCAUAUCUCUAUGUAAAUAAGAGACAAAUGUAUCGAAAGAUUAAAAGUCUCCGAAAACAAAUAAACAAAUAAAAACGCAAUGAAUUGGAAUCAUGGCCUGAUAGUGGGAACGGUGAAACCAGUAGCGUCAGUUGAAAAUGUACAACAGCAACUUUGUAAGGAACCACAAUCCUUACGGAGGAAUACAGACACUUUAUCCGCUGAGUGUUUUGUAACUCCAAGCUCAACCAACCAAAAUGUCAGUGAUAAACUUCAGGGAACCGUAUCAUGCUCGAUAUCUGCUGGCACUAAAAUACAGGGGACGGUGAAAGUGGCUGAAAGCGAUGUACCAAUCGAACCAAUGGACCUACUAACACAACGAGCAAUCAAGGAAAUUUAUCGGGACACCAAAAUGGGCAGCGUCCGGGCCGCUCAAGUGGGUGCUCUGGGUUGGCAGUCGUGCCCCCUGAAAAAAACCAACAAACGUUUUCUAAACCGUACCAUGACAUCGGUAAUUCAACACAACAACCGACAGACGAUUCGAGCCUUCCACUCAUCCACGCGGAAGCUGAUUGAGUUGGAUCAGCGGGGUGAUAUUCGACGUCGCCAUCGGACAAGAGCACGAAGCAGGAAGGACGAUACCGAAGUCUUUGUCAUUGAGGAUGACAACGAAUCGAAUGACAGCAAGGUGAGAAUUAUCGACGACUCGCAUGAAGAUAAUUAUGUCUAAGUAAAUAUGGUAAUUGAUUAAUAUGGUAACUAACUACUAGCAGAACGAAUACGAAAAAAUAAGUGUGAUAUGUGUACACCGCGUUAUUCCAAGCCUUUAUUUACCCUACUGUGAUCAGCAAAAUCAUGAAAAUACCAAUCCACUUCUUGGAACUUUUGGACUUUGUUGUUUGCCUGUUUACCUGAAUUGAAUCACUAAUCUACAUUUCAUUGAAUUUAAAGUUAGGACUGGACAAACCAUGUGCGGCAUUUGUAUUUAUUUUGGAAGCAUUCACCCUGGAAACGUACGUUUUAGUAUACCUCGAAGACAUCGUGCUGAGCAAUAUUUCCUGCGAAGAUUUUACGAGGAGAAAAAUGAACGCAAAA